AUGUCUUCGACGCGCACAGAGGAUGUGCCGGUGCUGCAGCGUCCCGACGAGGACACGGAUGCCGAGCGCGAAGACUACGAUGACGGCUACUCGGACGACGACGAUGACGCGGACGAGGACACGCCCAUGCUGAACAGGGCGGACGGGACCCUGAUGGCCGACGUCGGGGUCGCCAACGCGCCGCUCUCCAGUUCCGCACUUCUGCCGCCGCCGCCCGUGAAGCCGGACAAGCCCAAGCCGGUGGCGUGGCGCGACCUGCCGAAGAAGCAGCAGUUGGUAGUCAUCGCGCUGACGAGGCUGAGUGAGCCUCUAGUGCAGACGUCUCUACAGUCCUACAUGUUCUACCAGCUCAAGUCGUUCGACCCCAGCCUCCCGGACUCGGUCAUCUCGAGCCAGGCCGGCAUCCUCCAUGCCUCCUUCACCGCGGCGCAGUUCAUCACCGCCAUGGUUUGGGGCCGCCUCGCCGACUCAAAGCGCUUUGGUCGCAAGACGGUCAUCAUGAUCGGCCUGCUGGGCACCUGCUUCGCGUGCCUAGGCUUCGGCUUCUCGCAGUCGUUUGCGCAGGCCGUCGUGUUCCGGUCCAUCGGCGGCGCGACGAACGGCAAUGUCGGCGUUGUGAGGACAAUGAUCAGCGAGAUCGUCCGGGAAAAGAAGUUCCAGGCCCGCGCCUUCAUCCUCCUACCGAUGAUGUUCAACAUCGGCGUCAUCAUUGGCCCCAUCCUCGGCGGUAUCCUCUCGGACCCGGCGAGCAGCUACCCCUCCCUCUUCGGUGACGUGGAAUUCUUCAAGAAGUACCCCUACGCCACGCCCAAUCUCCUCAACGCCGUCUUCCUCUCCUGCGCCGCGCUGUCUGUCUGGCUGUGCCUCGAUGAGACUCACGAGGCGCUGCGCGAGGAGGGGCCGGACAUGGGCUCCCGCGUCGGUGCGCGCAUCUCGUCUCUCGUCCGGCGGUUCCUCGCGCGCGUGCGGGGCCGUCGCCUCCACGGCAACACCGGCGAUGACGCGGCGCAAACGCCGCUGCUGCACUCCGGCUCUGCAAGCGCCACCGACGUCGACGUCGAGAUGUCGCACGAGGCCGCGCCGAAGCAGAAGCCCCGCCCGCGGUACCGUCAUCGCCUGCCCUUCCGCCGCAUCUUCACCCGCAACGUCGUCAUGACCUUCGCCGCCCACUUCCUGCUCUCCUUCCACGUCGGCACCUUCAACGCCCUCUGGUUCGUCUUCCUGUCGACCCCGACCUCCGCCGCGCCGUCCCAUCUGCCCUUCCGCUUCUCCGGCGGCCUCGGCAUGCCGCCACAGUCCGUCGGCAUGGCCAUGGCGAUCCUCGGCGUCAUCGGCAUCAACCUGCAGCUCUUCGUCUACCCGCGCCUCUCGGCGCGCCUGGGCACCGUCCGCGCGUGGCGGCUCUUCCUCUACUUCUUCCCGCUGACGUACUUCCUCGUGCCCUACCUCGCCGUCGUGCCGACCACGGACGCCGCGCCACCGCCGGGCCCCAAGGGCGGCCCCGCCAUCUGGCUCGCCAUCGUCGGGGUUCUGCUGCUCCACGUGCUGGGCCGGACGUUCGCGCUGCCGGGACAGACGAUUCUGAUCAACAACUGCACGCCGCACCCGAGCGUGCUGGGGACGGUGCAUGGUAUGGGCCAGAGCGUGAGCAGCGCGGCGCGGACGAUCGGGCCGGUGCUGUGUGGGUAUCUGUACGGGCAGGGACUGGCCAACGGCGUCGUCGGCGCCGUGUGGUGGGGGCUUUCGGGCGUGGCGGUGCUGGGCUUCCUCGCGAGCUGGGCCGUGUGGGAGGGGGACGGCCACGAGAUCUGGAUGGACGGCGACGAGGUCGCUGCCGAAGAUGACUAG